AAUUUUAAUGAUCAUGCAUUUAUAUAAAUUGUGUAAGUUGUCUGGAUAGGAAUUACAGUCAAGUAAAAAAAUCAACACAGCCCGAAAAAUGAUUAUUCAACUGAUACUGAUAGCAAUUGCAAUUUUAUUACCACCUCAAUGUUUGCAAGUAGUAGGAAGUCCCAUCAUCCCUGGCCUAAUGCCAGAAAGAAGAUCAUGGGUACCAACGUCUUAUCAACAAGUAACUCCAUAUUACGCUGAAAAUCAGGAUUAUGGAUUUAAUAGUAGUCCGGAUAGUCAUUUGCCUCCAUAUACGGGAACUUCAGAGACACCAUGUGUCACUAUGGAUCCCAACCAUGGGUUCGAUGAUUGGUUACACAACGAUCAAUCAAAUGAAAUGACUUCAGGAACACAGCCUUGGAAACAUUCAAAAUCCGCAGGGAAAGUAGAAUUUGAACGACAAAAGGCUCCAUCGUCCUAUGAUGUUACCGGAACCGCAUAUACCAACACUGGACGUGAUGAUCAAUCGAAUGAAUUCAUCGAUCCAAGGAUGGAUUCAUUAUCUCGGUAUAAUCAACCACACUAUCCCUUGGGGUCCGAAAAUACCGGUUUUGCUCAUCGACAGACUGAUCCGAGAGAUUAUAAUAUGCGACAGGGUAGCAAAUUCAACAAUCCGUCUUGGAACGCACAAGGAAAUUUCGAUACGGAAAGCUGGAAAAAUGGAAUUCCAACUGUCCAUAAAAAUAACUAUCCUGGAUCAGAAGAACAUGGCACAGAACGUUUUAUAUCUGAUUAUUUAAGCCAACUUAAUGGCAACCAAGAAGCUUACACACCACCAGCCAUAGAAUCUCGAACAUAUAACGAAGAAGCUAGCGGAAGUCAAGGGGUUGAUUUCGGUGGCUAUGGUAAAAAAUUCGAUGGAAUGUCAAAUUACGGAUGGGGAAACGAUGGCAGCCAAUCAUACCAUCCCUACCCAUCUCCCAGCCAGUCUUCGGAGUACAAUUCACAUCUAAGUCCACGACAGGAUACAUCACGUAAGCAAAUACGUGUAGAUGGUCUUACUGACACUGCGAUAUCAAGGGAUCGGUGGAGUGAUCUUCCUCUGAAUAAUAGACAUGGUCAAUCCGCAAAUCAAUAUGGUGGAUUUCCACGAGGGAUAAAUAAUGAUGUGGGAUCUAAAGAUUAUGAUUAUCGUCAUCCAAGAUAUCCCCAUGAUUUUGAGGAUGGAGGUCGAUUGUAUGAACCUGAAAAAGAACUUGAGACUCAAACAAAUAAUAAUUUGCAAAGACAUUCUGGAAUGUACGAUUUAUACGGGAGUCCCCACCAUAAACCAUUUUCCGGCACAUAUCUAAAUUCUGAUGUCAAGGCAAAAUCUCCGUUUUCUCAUAUUCGUCGUAUGAUUCCGCAACUGGAAGCAUACCUACGUAUAUGAGGUCAAGAUGAAAAGCCAUCGCAUAUUUUAGUCUUACUUUAAUGAACACAUUGUUGUUCAUAAUUUUUUUGGCGAAAGUUCCGAAAACCUUUAAUGAAACAUAUAUAAUAGAAACUGAUAAUUGUUCAUGUAGUAAAAAAUUGUCAAGGGUUCACUUAUAAUUUUCUUUGUGAAGCCACGAAACACUACUGUAUAAUAACGAAUAAAUAAGUAAAAACUCCAAAA